CAUCAAACGGCCUCCUUUUACGCCCUUUAUCCGCCACGCUUUGACUCUUCCACUCACACUGUGCUCUUUCCUCUGAAAAAUGACAUACGCUUUUCAUGGUCCCGCCCUUUACAUCAUCAUUACCAUCACACACACACACACACACACACACACACUUUGAUCAUCUCUCUAAUCAAAUGCUCCUCACUUCUAUAUACAUCCGGGAUUUGCGCCCUUUAACCAACAUUCUAAUUUCUCUUUCCAAGUUUGAUUCAUUCACUGAAACUUAGAGCUUUCUUUUCCUGUUUUCUUUAUGGCGGAAACUCUGGAAUCUUCAGCUGUUACCGAAACGAAGAAGGUUAUAAACCCGAGAGCGGAAAUCGACACUUCGCCGCCGUUCGAGUCCGUGAAGGAGGCGGUGGACCGGUUCGGCGGGAGUGGUCCCUGGAUACCUCAUUACUUGCUGCGUGUUGCUGCUGCUGGGAAUCAUGAGACUGAUUUGGAGAAACUAGAGGAACAGGCAGUGCAACUGGAGAGGGAUCUGAUUAUGAAAGAGCAGCAAACACUCAAUGUCUUGAAAGAACUGGAAGCAGCAAAAAAGUUCGUCGAAGGUUUAAAAGUCAACUUGAUACCAGAAUCAUCGUCAGGCAUAGCUAGUCCGGAGCUAAAACUGGACAACCGUAUGACCUUUCCCGAUGAAAAUUCAACUGAGGGCUUGAGCUUGUGCCCUGUCCUGUCGCCUGGUCUGAUGUUCAUGGAGUUGAAUCAGGCAAAACUGAACCUUAAUAAAACGUCCGGCAAUCUUGCAGCAAUUCAAGCAUCGGUAGAGUCUUUAAACAAGAAAAUGAGAAGAGAUAAGCUUUUACUUGAGAGGGGAAGUAACAUGCAGAUACCAAAUUCUGAAGGGGUUUUGUCUUUAGAGCAGAACCAUCACAUAUCUAGGACAAAGCCAAAUGUGGACCGGAAAAUAGAAAUAAGAGAUGCACCCAAUAUUUCUAUGAGUAUGUGCAAGGAACUAAGGCAAGUCAAUUUUGAGGCUGAGCAGUUCAAGAAGAUGACAGAAGCUUCAAGAUAUGAGGUAAUUAAGGCAAUGACUGAGAUUGAGCGAACAAAGAAUAGCAUUAGAAUGGCAGAAAUGAGGUUAAGCGCAGCCAAGAAAAUGGAAGAAGCAGCUAAAGCAGUUGAAGCAAUCGCUCUAGCUGAGAGAAAUGCUUUUCUGAACUGUGAGAAAUCGUCUGAUGUUUUCUUGGACAAGCCCAAUGGAAUAACUCUGACUGUUGAAGAGUACCGAGCUCUUACUCUGAAAGCACAACAAGCUGAAGACCUUUGCAAGACCAAAUUUAUAGAUACCAAUGCCGUUCGGCUAACCAGUGAAGCUCAUCAACUGGAAGAGCCAAUUCUUGAGAAAUUUGAGGAAAUAGCUAAAGAAAACACACGCUCCCGAGAAGUGGAUUUAUUUGAUGAAGAGGGACCGCAUCGGAAAAAUGUCAUUGCUGAGGAUCAUGUGCCUGUGCAACAAUCUGACAAUAAUUCCACAAAGUUCAAGUUCAGGAACUCCCAUCCUGGCCAUACAAAUCCGCAUGUCCUCAACGAAAACGAAUCAUAUGCAGCGAAAGAGAGGCCAGUCCCCGGUUUUAGGACGACAACUUCAAUAGGUGACAUACUGAGUCGGAAACUGAUCCUACAAGAUGAUGUUAUGGUGGGAAGGCAUGUGGAGACUCAUUCAGAAAAGCAACACAUUUCUCUGAGCCAAAUGCUGCAGGAACAGAGUCGACUCAUUCUGCACCCCCGCAAACCAACAGCAGACGUGAACGUCGAAAAGCAGUACUUUGUGCAGCAGAGGAAGAAGUUUGGAUUCAUUCAAGUGCCACUUCCCACAAAGCAGAGCAAGAAAAAGACUCACCCUUUGAAUAUGAGGUGAUUAAGCUCUUAGAAGAGUGAGUUUUUAAGUAUAGAUGCAUAUAGCCUAGCAUUUGUGUUGGCUGUUUUGCUGAUUAAGGUUUGGGAUUCUGGUUUGGUUGUGUUUGGAUUUGUACAUGAUUCUUGUGAUUUCAUUUUGAUGGUUGUUUGCAUGAUUUAUUAUGGUUUGAAUGGGUGAAGUCCAUUUUAUUUGAA